CGAUUCAUAGGGAUGCGACGCCGAGCGUCGCUCACGCUCAGAGCUAGACGCGACUUCGUAUGAGUAGCACGCUACUAUACUCGACAGAUUGAAGCUCUACGGUUUUCGACUGACAAGACCAUCUUCUAACAGGCCUAGCGGAGAAAUCAGCCGAGACUCUCAGGGCAUCUGUUCUGUCAUCCAUUCCCUCGAAUCUCUCGCUCUAAUUUGAGAAUGGAUGGUCAGACAUGGCUGGGCGUGGUGCUGAUGUGUAUAGCCUUAUCAUGGGCAGAGAGCACAGUGGACAGGCGAGGCUCCAACAUGGGCUUUGUGGGCAUGCGCGGCAAAAAGUCCCCAUCAGAGGACGGAGAUGACCUUCUCCAAGAGGAGGCCUUGAAGCAUGACCUGCUCCAAGAGGAGGUCAAGAGAGGUUCAAUGGGGUUUGUUGGCAUGCGGGGCAAGAAGGACAUCAUGGACCUUGAGGAAACAAAAAGGGCCAUGGGUUUUGUAGGAAUGCGAGGAAAAAAGGAUCCUCAGGAUUAUUUGUUUAACGAGGAGGAAAAACGAGCGAAAGGGUUUAUGGGUAUGAGAGGGAAGAAGGAUAUGUAUGGGGAGGAUGGUCUUGACAAAAGAGCUAUGGGGUUUGUUGGAAUGCGAGGGAAAAAAGAUCCCCAGGAUUACUUGUUUCCAGAAGAGGAAAAACGAGCAAAAGGGUUCAUGGGUAUGCGAGGAAAAAAGGAUAGUGAUCUUCCCCAGGAUUAUCUAUUCCCUGAGGAAGAAAAACGAGCGAAAGGGUUCAUGGGUAUGAGAGGGAAAAAAGAUUUGUAUGGAGAGGAAGGUUUAGACAAAAGAGCUAUGGGCUUCAUGGGUAUGAGGGGCAAGAAAUUCUACGAUUUCGACUACCCUGACCAGGAAUCCUACGAGAAACGAGCCAUGGGUUUCCAAGGCAUGCGAGGCAAGAAAUCUCCAGCCGGUUUUGUGGGCAUGAGGGGCAAGAAAGACGAGGAUUUCAGUUCUGAGGACCUCUGGUUGGUGCCAGUUGAGGAAAUGUCACCAGACAAAAGGGCAGCUGGAUCUUCGAGUUUCUAUGGAAUGCGAGGCAAGAAAGCCCCGGCGCACUCUAGUUUCUUUGGGAUGAGGGGCAAGAAAGGCCCCUCCUACUCGUCGUUCUUCGGCACCAGGGGCAAGAAGGUGAUGUCUGGGUUCAUUGGGAUGCGGGGCAAGAAGGAUGUUGACGACGAGGACUAUCUGGCUUCACUGCUGUCUCUCCUCAAGGAAACUUCAGAUGAAAGCUAUCCCGGAGGAGAUGGUGUACACUCAGCUGUUCCCCCCUCCCUACCCGAUGCGAGCCAAUAGAGAGAAUCCUUUCAGGAGCGAAUGGAAACCCCGUCUUAUUUUUCAAAGAGUUCCUUUAUUUUAGGUUAAAUAACGGUCCCCAGAGAAAAUCCCCACCUAGGGCUGUCUUUUUUGGAAAACCCCGUAGAAAGCCCCAACGUUUUACCAGUGAACAUCAAUAAGCCCU